AUGGUUCCUCCACCAAUCAACCCUCCACCAAAAACAGCCCCACCUCCACCAAGCAACCCUCUACCAAAAACAUCCCCACCUCCUCCAACAACAGAGCGAGGGGCUCCGGCACCCAGCGUGGAUUGUACCACUCUGAUAUACGGCAUGUCUGAUUGUCUGACAUAUUUGACAGUUGGAAGUAAUGAAACAAAGCCGGAAGACACGUGUUGCACUGGACUUAAGACGGUGUUAGACACCGAUGCAGAUUGCUUAUGUGAAGGCCUAAAGAGCAGUGCUAGUUUGGGUUUUAACAUUGAUUUCAAAAAGGCUAAGGCCAUACCUUCUGUUUGUAAGAUCCCCACUCCACCAUCACUGACCAGCUGUGAUCUCACCUCUUCUCCCUCUACUCCUGGUGCUCCUUCUUCGCCUGUUAUCUCAUACCAAUGCAACAAGGUCAUACCAAUGAAAUUGACACCCAAGGUCAAGCUACUGAUGAACCAGUUAAGAAGAGUCAAGGGGGUUGUGGUGCUCAACAACCUACGCUCACUAUUGAAGGUAUGAAAAUGAUUGCUGAAU